CCAGUCUAUCGGUCAGAGCAAUCAGACCAGGCCACAGCACAUCAUCACAUCACAUGAACGGAUCAUCUUGAAACAAGAGACAAUGUUCCGUGUAUGGUUUCCAGUCCUGCUUGUCAGUUGUGCAAUAUCCCAUGACAAGAGUGAGGCUACCCGGACAUCAAUGCCUGUGGCUUCACCAGAAUCUCCCGUGGGCCCGCCGUACCCAGUAACAGCGUCGUGGUUCCGCGACCGGUUCACCCGCCAAGAGUGGGAUGACACUUUGAAAGGCUUCAAGAAACAGGGCGGCGACACAGUGUUUCUGAGAGCACCACCUGUAGUCAAACGGACAUCGGAAGAGCUACAACAUGACCCCAACUUCCUCUGGUGUGGCAGCUACAACAGCAGUACGGGCACCGGCUUGCCUUACUGCUGGGACCAGGCUGAGCAGGAGCUGAAGUCUAUGGGGCUCAACGUGACCGCUUUCCUCACUUAUCAGUACGAAGAAGCUUUCUCAGAUGCCAUCAUGCUCUGCCCCAAAGUGGACAGGAAAAUCAGAAGCUCCCGCAACUACUACCGCAUCGUUCUCCCAGCAAACACCACUGCCCUCAACACAAGGACCAGCUGUGAUUUCCCGCCUGGCUCUAAUGUCGUGGUUCUGUUCACCAGUUUUGCUGGCACUGAUCCCCACCAGCUACUGCUCCAGAGUGCUGCUAAUCUCAGUGUUUCCGUCUUCUUUAGCCUGCCUGGAGCUCCAGUUGGCUUUGAGGAGCAACUGAUGCCUGCUUACUAUGCCUGGCUGGAAAGAGUCCUCCUAGAGCAUAAAGCUCGUUACACGCAGAUGUAUCUUCGCGACAACUACGGGAAUUCAGGACCCGCCAAAAGCUUGUAUGACUCCUUAACGGGGUACUAUGGCACAGAUGAAUGCAGUCUCCCUGAGAUAGCGCCAGGCUCAGACUUCAUCCCUGUCCACAGCAAGACAUCCCCCCAGCUCAUCUACAUCCCCCUCUAUACAAAGAUGGGUACUCUAGUGAGGAGCAUGGGAAAACGUUUUGCUAUUAGCCCAUACGUCAACCUGAACAGAUUCCAGCUUAACAGUACAGUACAGGCCCACGUUCAAGGCUUUGAAGCUAUUGUGAAGACUGGUGUGGUGGAUAUCAUAGCUGUACAGGAGGGCCGUGGAGCUGGUAGAGGCUGCUAUUACUGGCCUCACGAACUACACCAGCCAGUGAGAGCCACUGAUCCUACACUGGACAAAUCUAUCCACUACCUCAAUCCCCAAAUCCCUUCCAAUGUCUCUUUUGCACAAGCCUUCACAGCAAGCAACCAAGUUGUAUUCCGCGCCUUUCAAAAAGCUCAACAAAAACUGAUAGAACAAGAGAAUAUCGACUUUGAAUUCUGGCUCAACCUGGAAGCUUUUGAGUACCUCCGUGAUGACCCCUGCCUUCCAGUUGACCCAAUGGCCUCAGGGAUGGGAGAGCUUCUGAACCGUGCAGCUAAAGCUCGAGUAGACCGUGGCCUCAGCGUAGCCGGAGCUUUUGUACAGAAGGUCAUAUCCUUUGCCUGGGAUGCCGACUACACCUGUACCACUCACCAGUACAGCAAGAGUCUACAAGAAGAAAUCCUCACCGACCUUAACCGACCAAUUAUAGCCAACUGCUCUUUCCACAGCCCCCACAAUCUAUCAGUCGUCUUGCUCGGCUUCAACCUAGAGGCUGAGACGCAAUCAUUUACCGUGGACUGGACUGACACCAGGGGACGUUCUCAGAGCACCAACAUCUACGGCUACUACUUUGAGCUGGACUAUGGAGCUCAACACAACCUGGUCAAGUCUCUUGAGUACACCAUGCUCUGGGAUAUCCCUCAGAUGGUGACCAGCCUCGCACCAACUGGCACUGUACAUGUUUCAGGACACAAAGCUCUCGAUGACUGCUACUUCGACUAUGAUCUGCCAUAUGAUGAAGCCUGAUGAUUUCCAUGGAAAUGAUACAGACUGAUAAUAUCAAAUACCAAUAA